AUGCUUAGUCUUUGUCAACGUGAAUCACACUCUUGUGUCAAAGCUUUAUUAUCGUCAGACCUGGCUAGAUUGUCUUGUGUUGCACCUGGAAUGCUUAAUCGGAAACUUAAAUCAUUCGUGAAUCUGUAUAGUUUGCACUCACCCAACAGAAAUUUAUUUACAGCUCAGCCUAAGAAAUUUUACAAGAAUGUUGCAGUGUCUCAGUCGGUGCAUGAAAAUAACGAAUUUCCUGUUUUCGAAAUCCUUCUUGAUCACCGUAAACUUCGAACACCUAGUGGCGCUUACUUUCAUGUACCCAAUCAGGCUUUAGCAGUUGCUGUUGCUCACGAAUGGGAUAGUCAAAAGGAUACUAUAAAACGGUAUACAAUGCCCUUAACAACACUAUGUAAUCGAGCGCUAGAUACUCCAGAGGAUCAACAUGAUGUUUUAGUUGGUGCAAUCAUGCAAUAUGCUGAUACGGAUACAAUAUGUUUUAGGUGUCAAGAACCAGAUGAUCUGGUAAGUAUACAAUCUGCUGCAUGGGAUCCUAUCAUAAAUUGGGUCAGCAAGCAUUGUGAAAUCAAGCCUGUACUUACUAAUAGUAUGACUUCACUAGCUAAACUAUCUCCUGCAGAUAGGGCUAAACUAACUCGUCAUUUCAGCAGCUACAAUAUAUGGGGUCUUACAGGUAUUAAAUCAUGUGUUGAAAAUUUGAAGUCAGUUUAUCUUACCUUGGCUAUGCUGGAUGGAUUUUGUUCUGCUGCAAAAGCUGUGGAGUUAAGUCAGAUAGAAAUGUUGUUUCAGGUUCACCGAUGGGGUGAUGUCCCGUCCUAUCAUGAUGUUGAAACUGCUGAUCUGAAUUCACGCGUUUCAGCUGCCCUACUUUUAGCUUUGCUUAGCCAUCACCGAAAAAACACGAAGAAAAGAAUUGACAUGAAUAUGAUGAAUGUUUAGUGAUUUUUAACAAGAAAGAAAGUAAUCAAAAUUAGACAACAUAAGUACAGUU